AUGCUGCCCCGCGCCGCCGCUUUGGCCCCGACCGCAGGCGUCGGCAAGACCGCCACGAUCGCCGCGGCCGCCGCGCUCAAGGGCCAGCGCCUGCUGCGCAUUAACAUGUCGGCCAGCAUCGCGCGCGACGACUUGUUCGGCCGCAUCCAGCUGCAGGCCGCGCCGGCACCCGCAGCCGGCGCCGGCGUCGACGCGGGCGCUGGCGCCGGCGCCUCGCCGUCCGCGCCGCGGCGGUUUGUGUUCAGCAAGCAGCCGUUUGCUGUCGCGUUUGAGGAGGGGUAUGCAGUCGUCCUGGACGAGCUGAACCUGGCGCCAGACGACGUGCUGCAGAGCAUCAGGCAGGCCAUGGACUGCCAGGAGCUGCGCAUCGAGGACGCCAGCUCAGCAAGCAACCCGGUCAAGACGGUGCGCAUGCACCCCUCCUUCCGGCUGUUUGCCACCCAGAACCCCCACACCGGCCACUUCAAGGGCCACCGGGAGCGCCUCUCACCAGACCUUGUCGACCGCUUCGCCAAGGUUGUGUUUCAAGAGCUGCCAGCAGAGGAGUGGGUCACCGUGGUCGCCGAGACGCUCCAGGCGGAGGGCGUGGCACCCGCCAGGGCGCGACCACUCGCGGCGCGAAUGGUGGCGGUGCACGAGAGGGUGCAGGAGGCGAUCGGCCGCAGGCAGCCGCCCAUCCCGGAGCCACCCGUCUCUAUCUGCUCAUCCCCGGCCGCCGCCCCCAUUGGCGGCACAAGCGGCGGCGGCGGCAGCGCCCGCGACGCCUGCGUGGCGUCUGCGCUGGCGUUCACGUCGGUCGCUGUCUACGCGGCGCGCUUCCGGCGGCCCGAGGCGCGCGCCGAGCUGCUCGCCGUCAUUGCCGCAGCGGGCGGCUGGCAGGCGCCCACUGCCGCUGCCGCCGCCGCCGCUGCCGAGUGGUCGCUGGCUGCCGGUGACGACGGCGCCGAUGCCUGCCUGCAGCUGGGGGAGCACGUCACCCUGCCCCUCAGGGGCGCGCCUGGCGACGGCCCGAGGCCUGUGACCGCCGCCACCGCCGCAGCAGCGCCUUGGGAGGCCCCAGCCGCGGCCGCGCAUGCGGACGCGGCGCGGAUGCUGCUCGGCGCUGAGCUGGUGGGGCGCUGUGGGCUGUACUUGAUAGAUUCCUCAUGGCUGCACGCCUGGCUCAGCGCCGCGCGCGCCGAGGGCUGCGGCGACGCCGCGGACGCUGGGGCGCUCGGCCUGCGCCUGUACUGCUCGUGGCUGCGGCACGGCGAGGCAAGGGCGGCGGUGGCAGACGCGUUCGCGCGCCACUUUGGCGCCGGCGUCGCCGCGGCCGCCGAGCUGGGCGCAGUUGCCGCCGCCGGCUCGCGCACGCCCUUCGCAGUCACGCCGCGCGUGCUGCGCGCGUGGCGCCUCGCCGCGCUCGCGCUGCGCCACGGCGAGCCGCUGCUGCUUGUUGGCCGGGAUGGCUGCGGCAAGUCGGCGGCGCUAGUGGCACUGGCGGGCAUCUUGGGUGAGCCAGCAAUGCAGCAGAUCAACGUCACCACGGACACCGAGCCCGCAGAUCUGGUUGGUCAGCAGCAGCCCUCCGCCGAGGGCCGCGGCCGCCUGGUCGCGUGGGCGCACGGGCCCGUGGCACGCGCGUUUGAGGGCGGGGGCUGCGUGCUGCUGGACGGCCUGCAGAAUGCGGAUGGCCCUGUGUCAGAGCGCCUCAACUCGCUCCUGGAGUCGCCGCCCACGCUCCUGCUCGCGGAGCGCGGCGACACGGCCCCGCUGCAGCCGGGCCCUGGCUUCCGCCUGCUGGCCACCUUCACGCCGCCCACGCGCCGCGGCGGGCCGGACGUCGGCGUCGAGGGCCGCGAGCUGUCGCCGGCGCUUUCAAAUCGUUUCAGCCAGGUCGUCGUGGACGACCCCAUGCAGGCGCCCGAGGCGGAGUUCAGAUCUGAGAUCGAGCAGAUCGCGGCUGCGGUGUGCGGCGAUGCGGCCGGCAGCCAGCCGGGGGCAGCCGCCCUGGCCGCCGCCGCGUGCGCCUUCCUGCGCGCCGAGCUGGGUACAGUCAGCGGCUGCGGCCGGGGCAGGGCGCCGCCGGUGGCGCCGCUGACGCUGCGCACUUUUGUGCUUUUCUUGGACUCGGCUUACGCCGCCCACAGCGGCGCGCUGGUGACCGCUGGCCAGGCCGGCGGCGUCAGCGACUGCGACAGCGACAGCAUCGGCAGCGUCGAUAGCUUCGCAGCGGCUCUGUUCACCGCCUACACCAUUGUGUUUGGCCCCCGCCUCGCAGCCCUGCCCGAGCUAAUGCAGCGGCACGUCGCCGUGCGGCUCCGGGAGGUGCUGCGCCUGCCGCCCCCCAACGCCAACGCAGACGCAGACGCCGAAAGCAGCGCCCGAUGCGGCGCGGCGGCGCUGCUGUCCCAGCUCGCGCAGCGCAUGGGCGGCCGCCACGUGCUGGCUGGCAGCCGCGUCGCGGCGGGCGCCGCGGUGGUGUCCGCGGUGUGCUGCUGCAGGCCGGUGCUGCUGGAGGGCCCCGCGGCGGUCGGCAAGACGUCGCUGGUCGCGGCGCUCGCGGCGGCCUGGCCGGACGGGCCGCGGGCGUUGGUGCGGGUCAACAACGCGGACACCACCGGCGUGGCCGACUACUUUGGCAGCUACCUGCCGUCUGGAGCCGGCUUCAGCUUUGCAGAGGGUCCGCUCGUCAGAGCAGUGCGGCUGGGGCACUGGUUCGUGGCAGACGAGUUCAACCUCGCGCCGCCCGGCGUGAUGGCUGUCCUGCUGCCCCUGCUCGAGGGCCGCCCCACCCUGCGCGUGCCCGGCACCGACCUGGACGUCCCCGUCGCCGCUGGCUUCCGCUUCUUCGCGACCCAGAACGACGCCAGCUACGCCAACCGCAACCCGCUGCCGCUGUCGCUGCGCUCGAGGUUUUUGGAGGUGCAGGUGCCAGACUUUGGCGCCGAGGAGCUUUCAGAGAUCCUCCAGCGCCGCCGCGUGCCCGUCCCCGCCGGCGCCGUCCCCGCGGGCGGCGGGGACGGCGCGGCGCUGCUGCCGCCGCUGGGGGCGGCCGAGGCGGCGCUGCUGGCGGCGCUGUACGAGGCGCUCAGGGGCGCGCCGCCCGGCCUGCGGGUCACGAUGCGCGAGCUCACAAAGGUGGAGCGGCGCCACCGGCUGCUGUGCCUGCCGCUGCCGGCCGCGGCCGCGUCGCUGCUGCGGCCGCGCUGCCGGCCGGGGGCCGGCGGCCACGCGGACGGCGAUGCGGCGGCCCUGCAGGAGGGGCUGAAAAAGGCCCUCGACGGCGGCAAAGAGGAGCCGGACCCUGAGCCCACCGCCUACACCGUUGUCCAAGAGGCUGACUGUGUCGCCUUCAGCGCCGGCGGCGCCGUCGCCCGCGUGCCCGGAGCGCGACUAGACAGGAGCCCGCUCGCCGCGGACCCCGGCGCUCUGCCUGCGCCGCUGCGGCGCGCUCUGGUGCAGGUCGCGUUCGCGGCCGCGGCGCGCGAGCCUGUGCUGCUGCUGGGGCCGACGUGCUACAAGAGCCUGCUGGUCAACACCUGGGCGGCGCUCACUGGCGCGGCCCUGACAACAGUCCACCUGUCCACCGAGACCGAGGGCUCAGACCUGGUCGGCACCUUGGUGCCUCACUCCUUUGCCGAGUGCCUCGACGCCUUCCUCUCCGGCUGCCGCCAGCUGCGGCGGCGGCAGUCCGCGCUGACCGGCGGCCGCCCGCUCGGCGACAGCGGCGACGCCGACGCCAGCAGCCUUGACACGCUGCUGGCGGCGCGCCUGCCAGACGCCAUCCACGCGUUCAAGCAGCAGCACCUCGCAGCGGCGCCAGCUAGCAAGCCGGGCGCCUCGGCUGCCGCCGGCGCAGCGGCCGGGGACGAUUGGUUUUUGGGCGCCUGGGGCCUGCUGCCCGGUGCAGAGAUUGGAGAUGAUGAUGGUGAUGAUGACGACACAGCAGCGGAGACGCGCCGCGACCAGCUGAUGCGCGACGCCGCGGCCGAGGCGGCGCGGCGGGCGCCCGGCCUGCUGGCUGAGCUGGCAGAGGGCUCGCCGCCGCCGGAGGGCGCCGGCGCGGGCGCCGCCCCUCCCGCGCGGCAGCAGGCUGGCGCCUUUGCGCUACCGGUGUCCAGGGCGGGGCGGGUCGUGGACAGCAGCGAUGAUGAUGAUUGGGAGGUGCUUUCGGACAGCGACGAUCUGGAAGGUCUCUUUGCUGCAUAUGGCGCCACAGCCCCUGCAGGCGGCGACAGCGACAGCAGCACCAGCAUUGUCGCCCUCGACGCAGCCAAUAGGAUCGCGCCGCCACAGCCGGCCGGCGAUGCGGAGUGGGUCGGGAGCAGCACGGCCAACCCAGGCGGCGCAGCCCUUGCGACAGGCAGCAGCACGGGCGACCAAAUCGCCCGCUCUGCUGCCUCCGCGGCAGCGGCAGAGCCGGAGGCUUCUGACCGCGGCGCGGCGCCCGCUGCAGGCGGCCCCAGCGAGGAGUCGUCAGAGGGCGCGGGUGGCAGCGCGCUGGCAGAGGCGUGUGAUCUGGACGCAAUGAUGCGGCUGUACGAGGAUCUGGGCGGCGACGAGCUGCCGCCCCCGCUGCCGGCCGCCCUCGCGGCCGCGGCGGAGGAAGCGCUGGACCUGCUCUCACGCCUCUCAGCCGCCACCGCCGCGCCCGACGCAGCCGCGGCCGCCGCGCUGGCCAGGCUGCGGCGCCUGUGGGCGGACGUGUCGUCGCCGUCGGCGCGCAGGGGCGAGCCGCGCUUCAUCUUCAGGGAGGGCCCGGUGACACGCGCCGCGCAGGAGGGCGGCCUGCUGCUGCUGGAGGACUUUGACGCCCCCAGCCAGGCGGUGACAGAGCGCCUGAACAGCCUGCUCGAGCCGGAGCCGUCGUUUGCAGUCACAGAGGACGUCACUGCCUGUGACAGCGGCGGCGGCGGCGACGCGACAGAUGUGGCGCUGCCCGGAGGCUUCCAGGUGUUUGCGACCGUGCACACCGGGGCCGACGGCAGGCGGCCGCCGAAGCUCAGUCCGGCAACGCUGUCCCGCUUCACGCCGGUCUACGUGGCGCCCUACGAGGACGAGCCCGGCGCGCCCACGGGUGCAGGCGCUUGCAACGGCGGCACGCUGCACUGGGUGCUGCAGCACCGCCUGCUCAGCGGCCUGGCCGGCGGGGGCGGUUUCUCGGCCGCCGGCCCGGGCGCGCCAGGCAAACGGGAACGGCAACAAUCGUCCAAGACGGCCACGGCCACGGCGGCGGCGCUGGCGGAUAUGAUGCUGAGCAUCAGCCGCGCGGCGGCCGAGCAGGCGGGCUCCGCCGCUGACAUCAGCAGCGGCGGUGCGGGCGGCCUGCGCUCGCUGCUGCGGUGGGCGGACUUUGUGGCCGGGCACGUCGGCGAGCGCUGCCUUGAGGCGCGCGUCGUGGCGGGCGCCCGCUUCUUUGCGCUGGACAGCCUCUCAUCAGAGCAGCAGGCGCAGCUGCUGGCCGCCUGGCUGCGCGACAGCCCCGCGGCUGCGGCGCUGCCGCCCGCGGCGCGCGCCGCGUGCGCCCGCCUCGCGGCGCCGCCGGCGGCCCCGCCGGAGGGCGGCGUGUUUGAGGACCCAGCCUCCGUGCUGGAGGUCGUCCGCGGGCGGCUGGUAAUCAAGUCCAGCGGCGUGUCGGCGCCGCUGAGCCCCCGCGCCGACCCCAGCGCGCUCGCGCGGCUGCCGCUGUCGCUCGCGCCGUCGACGGUGGCCAGCUUUGAGCGCGUCUUCGCGGCGAUGACGGCGGGCGUGCCGCUGCUGCUCGAGGGCCCGCCGGGCGACGCCUGCGCCUGCGCCAUGAAGCCCGGCCCUGUGCCCACUCCCUCACAGGCAUUGGCAAGACAGGAUGGCGCCCUGCUGCGCGCGGUGCGUGACCGGCGGUGGAUCCUGCUGGACGAGAUCAACCUGGCCCCGCCAGAGGUGCUGGAGGUGGUGGCUCCGCUGCUGGACAGCGGCCAAAAGCAGUUCACGGUGCCCUCAUACGGCAUCACCCUGCCCCUGGAAGGAGUCCGCGUGUUCGCGACCUGCAACCCCCGCUCCGUCGGCGGCGGCCGCAGCCAGCUGCCGCGCUCGCUGCGCGGCCAGCUGGCGGCGGUCCGCCUGGAGGCGCCGUUGGAGCCGGAGGUCAGGGGCAUCGUGCUCGACCUCUUCGCACCGCUGGUGCAGCGCGGCUUCCUGGAGCCGCCCCACAUGACGGCGGUCCACAACUGCCACGCGGCGUUGCAGGUCGCCGCGGCGAAGCGCGAGAUUGGGCGCGGCGGGGCGCCAGUGGAGCUCAACCUCCGGGAUUUGAUCAAGGUCCGCGACACCGUGGCCGCCACAAUGAGGGACCACCUAAACGACUACCGACGCACAGCCACCAAGGAGCCCUCCACCUUCGACGCCUCGCCCCUCUCCCCACUCACCUGCGACGCGGACCCCCGCCUGCUGGUCCUGGCCAAAGUCGUGGCGCUCGUGUACGGCGAGCGCCUCGCAUCCGCGGAAGACCAGCAGGCGGUCGCUGACGUCAUCGAGCGGGAGCUGGGGGUGCCCGGGUUCGGCGCCGCGUGGCGUUCGGGCGGCGGCGCCGCGGAUGUGGACGAGGCGGCGCCCGGCGUGCUGCGGGUCGGCAGCGUGUACCUGGCAAAGGGCGAUGUCGUGCCGUCGGCGCCGGCGCUGGCCCACACGCCGCGCACCGUGCAGCGGCUGGAGGCUCUCGCCGUAGCCUGCCAGUCGGGGCGCACCGUGUUUGUGGAGGGGCCCACCUGCAGUGGCAAGACCAGCAUGGUGGCUGAGCUGGCACGGCUGGCGCAGCGGCGGCUGCACGUCAUCCCCCUGGCGGCUGACACAGAGGCCACGUCCAUCAUUGGUCAAUGGCUGCCCGUCGACAGCGGCGGCCCAGACGCCUCUCUAGCGCGGGAGCUGCGCCAGCUCGUCGGCGACUGCACCUCCCUCGCGCUGCACCACCUGCUGCCCGCCCUCGCCCGCGCCCCCGCCGGCCGCCACGCGACCGUGGCGGCGCUGCAGCGGCUGCUGCUGGCGGCGCGGGGCCUGGGGUGGGUGGGCGCGCACGGCGGGGCGGCGGCGGCCGCCGCUGGCCGCCUGCCGACCGACGGCGAGCAGGCUGCGGUUCUGGCGGCGUGCGAGGAGCUCCUUGGCGCCGCGUCCAACGGGCCGCUGGCCUUGGGGGCGGACGAGGGGCAGCAAGCGGCGCUGCGGCUGGCAGCGGAGGCCGAGCGGCUGAGGCGGUCGUUCGAGGCGGCGGCGCGGCAGCAGCAGCAGGGCCUGGCGUUUGCGUGGGCCGAGUCAGAUUUGGUGGCGGCGAUAAAGGCCGGCGACUGGGUGCUGCUAGACAAUAUCGACCUCGCCCCGCCAGAGGUGGUGGAGCGCCUCAACCCCCUCAUGGAGGACAGCCCCUCACUCGACCUGCAUGAACGGGAGGACGGCCUUUCCCUCUCCCGCGCAGCCGGCACCAUACACCCAAAUUUCCGCCUCUUCGCGACCGCCAGCCUCCGCCGCGGCGGCGACCGCGCGGGGUGCCUCUCGGGCGCGCUGCUCAACAGAGUGCUCCACUUGCGGGUGCAGCCCCUGGACGCCGGCCUGGCGGCAGCAGGCCCGGAAGGCGCCGCGGGCCACGACCUCGCCGCCACCCUGGCACUCCGCCUGACCGGCGUAAGCGGCGGCGCGGAGCUCGCCGCGCUCAUCUCGCGCUUCCACGCGCGCGCGCUGCAGCUGGUCGCCUCCGGCGCCGUCGAGCCGCCGCCCGGCGCACCGCUCACCGCGCGCGCGGCGCUGCGCGCGGCGCACGCGGCGGCGCGCGUGCUGACAGCUGCGCCCGACACGGCGCCGCCGGCGGCAGUAGCACGCGGAGUGCUGCAGUCGUACCUGCCCAGCGUCGCAGACGCCCGGCAGCGCGCGCUGCUGCUGCGAGAGCUGGCCGCGCUCGCCGGCGCCCCAGACCUGCGUCGCCUGCACUACGAGACGCAGCAGCCGCCGCGCCGCGGGCACGACCGCUGGCGCCUGGAGGCGGCGCCGCUCGCGGAGAAUGCGGCGGCACUGGAGGCGGCGGUCGAGGCGGCGGCGUGGGCGCUGGUGGCUGCGUGCGAUGACGUGCAGACCGGGGUGGAGCUGGCAGAGGAGGUGCUCCGGGCCCUCACCAUUCCACUAAACCCCGAGCGCCGCCACACGCUCCUGCGCCUGCUGGACGACCUGCAGCUGGCGGAAGCGCUACCGCCGGCAGACGGCCGCCGGCAGCUGCUGCACACCUGCCGCCUGGCGCGUGGCGCGGACGCCGCGGCGCCGCCCGCAGACGCCGCCCUCCGCCGCCUGGGCGCAACGCUACAGCAGCUGUCGUCAGGUGUUGAUACUGCUGCGCGCCUGUUCCUCUGCGGCGCGUCAUUUGCCGACGCCCCCGACCGCGCGCUGCAGCUGCGGCGCCUGCCGGGCGUCGCGCGCCACCUCACCGGCCUCCGCGCAGCGCUCGACGCCGCGCGCCGCGCGCGGGCGCUCGCGGGCGCGCCCGCGGCGGCCGCGCUGCUGGCGCAGGUAGAGGGCGCCGUCGGCGGCCUUGCCGCGUGGGACGAGCCAGCGCGCUGGCUGGAAGAUCUGCGGGUGGUGCGGCCGUUCGUGGCCGCGGCGCAGGAUCUCAUUGACGGCUGCGGCGAGUCGUCGCUUUCGUACGAGCUGCAGCAGCUGCUGCUGAGGCCGGUCGCCGAGGUGCGGCGGUCCAUGGCGGCCAGCGCGCGAGACAUGAUCAAGCGCGCGCCGGCCGGGGCCGCAGACGCCGUGCGAGCGAUGCACGCGGCACUCGAGCUCGCGGCCGCGCAGUGGGCGUCCCGGCUGGCGCUGCCGCGGGAGCUCCUUGCGGCGACCGCCGCAGUGGCAGCGGCGGGCGGCGCCCCUGGGUGCAUUGCGGAGCGAGUCAACUCGAUCCAGGCCCUCAGCUCGCUCGCUCAGAUCAGGUGUGAUCUGGCGGCGAUACUGGAGGAGGCCGCCGAUGCCGCGGCGGCCGCAGCUGCGGGCGACGCAGUCGAGCGGGAGGCUGCCGGCGGCUGCGCCGCUGCUGGCGCCAAAGCGGAGGCAAACGGGGUCGAGGCCAAGACAGGUGUGGCGCCUGCUGUGGCAGCUGCAGCAGCAGCGGGAUCAGCAGACGCGGGGCAGACCCAAGACAACGCCGGCUGUGCAGCAGUCGGGCCCGCCAGUCCAGCAGAGCAAGCGGCAGACGACAGCAGCAGCGCGGCGGCUGCUUCGCCGACCAGCCGGCCCACCCACGCAGAGGUGUUGCGGGCCCUGGCUGCGCGCGCCGAGGCGCUGCCAGGCAGCUCCCACGGGCUGUUCAUCCGCAACCACGCUGCGAGCGCGGCCGUGCAGCUGCACAACAGCCUGUUGGCAUCACUCUGCCGCUUCAUGCGCGGCGCGGGCACCGCAGGGCCCGCCCCCCUGAGCGCCGCGCUCGCCUCGGGCUUCGGCCGCCAGCUGCGGCGCUGCGGCAGCCUGGAGCAGCACAGGGCCGCGGCAUUGGUCUGGUCUGGGCUGUUCUUUGCAGAUGGGGGGCAGGCAGCGGCGGCGGCGGUUGCGCGUGGCGGCGUGCAGGUGGUGGACGUGGCGCAGCCGGCCUCCGCACCCGUGGACGCGUGGCAGCUGCCGCUGCCAGAUGAAGCUGACGACAGCGGCUGCAAGCUGCUGCUGCUGCUGACGUCCUCGCAGCACCAGCACCAGCAGCAGCAGGGCGGCCCCGGUGAGGCUGCGACCGUGCCGCCGCUGGCUGCAGUGUGGCUGGCUCGCGAGCACAGCGAAUCGAGCAGCGGGGUCGUGCGCGUCGUCACCUUCGUUUGCCUGGGGGGCGGCAGGGUCGACCCCGACAUCACCGCAUGGGUGGAGCAGGGAGUGCAGCAGCUGGAGACCGACGGCGUCACCGUGCAGCCGCAGCUGCAUGCCGUGCGUGUCCAGGGAGGCGGCCAGGGCGGCAGCUCCCCUGAUGCCUCUGCCGCCCCAGCGGCCACGGCCGCCGCGGCGCAUGCCGCAGGCGCAGCCGCCCGCCCCGGCGCGGAGGCGGAGGCCGCCAUGGCCGCGGCCUUGAUGGAGGCGAUCGAGCGGUUUGCGGCAGAGGAUUGCGUGGCACAGUCCAGGGGUGAAAGGUCAGCAAUCGAGCAGGUGGCAACACAGCAGGCGGCGACCGGACAGGCGCAGCCGUUGCCGCCAUUUGAGCGGGCGCAGAUUUCUGACAGGCUGCUGCGGGCGUAUCAGCGGCUUGAGCAGCACGCCAGCAGCAGGGGUGGCGGCAGGCUCGGCUCAGGCGUCCACGCGGGCGCAGAGGCGCUUAGCCACACCGCGGCCGCAGCUGCAGCUCUGCGCGACGCCGCAGAAGAGGCGGCCGCCGGCGGCCAGUCCGAGGCGGAGGGCGGCGCCGCGCUGCUCGACCGCGCACUGGCCGCGGCGGGGGUGCCGCGGCCAUUUGUGCUGCGGCGGCUGGGCGAUGCGGCGCGGGGCGAGGCGGAAGAUCAGAUUGGGGAGUUGUGCGGGAUGGCGACGCUCGCGGAGCGACACGCGGUGCUUGCGGCUGUUGAAGCCCUGAUCGAGGCCUGCAGCGCCGACCCGCUCCCCACGCUGCUGCAGAUGCGCAGGCGCCUGCGGGGCGCCGGCGCUGCCCUCGCCGACUUCGGCGCCGCCUCGCGGCUGGCACGCGUGCUGCUGCGUGCGCCGGCGCUGGCCGUCGUGUGGGUGGCGGGCGGCGGCCAGGUCGAGCGGGCGGCCAGACGCCUGCUGGCGGCCCACGACGCGGCGCCGGCGGGCGUGCGAGUGCGGCGGCGGCGGGACACCACAUACCUCGCCGCGCGCAGCGACGAACUGGUGCAGCACUUGCGCAGCCUGGGGCUGCCCUUGAAGGUGGUCGAGAGCAACAAGCUGGUCGACGCACUCAUGCCCUUUGCGGGCCUGCUAGACCGCCCACCCAACCAGGUACCAGACGCGGGAUCUGCAGCGGGAGCUGCAGCCGCCGCCGCAGCGGCAGGCGGUGGGCCGUCGGACGGGGACGAUGGCGCGCUGUGGCGAGAGCACGCGCGCGGCAAGCUCGCGGCGGCGUCCGAAUCGCUCUCGCGCCUGCUGGCCGCGCUGCGAACUGCAGCGGGCCGCGCCGACCCCGCGCUCGUUCGCCAGCUGCAGGCCGCGCAGGCCGACUUGGAGCGGCUCGCCGCGGCGCUCGGCGGCGGCGCCGGGGCGCCCGCGGGCGGCGGCGCGUUCGCCCCCGGCGCGGCGUCCCCCGCGCUGCUGCAUCGGGUGCUGCUGGAUGCUCAUGAAGCCGGCCAACGGGCCGAGGCGUUCUUGUCGCGCCUGGCGGCGGAGCACCCCUGGGCGGACGCGCUGCGGGGCCUGCAGCAGCUGGAGCAGGAGGACUGCGCCGUCGACCCUGCAGCGUGGCAGCGCACCGCCAGAGCGGGCGCCGAGGAGGACCAGUGCGACCCGGCGGCGCCCGCGGCGCUGGAGGGGCUGCUGGCGGCGCUGCGGGAGUUGCAGCAGGCGAAGGCGGACGCGGACGCGGCCGGCGACGCCGCGUCCGCCGCGGCCGCGGCAGCAGCGGCGCUGCUGCGCGCCAACCUGGAGGAUGCGUGCUACAGGCGCGCGCUGGCGCUGGCGGCGGGCCUGCGGGAGGCGCCGGCCGCGUUCAGCGGUAUGGUGGCGGCGGGAAGCAGGCGUGAUGACGGCGCUGCUGACCUGGAUGGCCAUGAUGAGCAGCAGCGGGCGCGGCUGUCAGAGCUGCGGGAGCUGUGCGGCGCCCUCUCCCUCGACCACAUCGCGCGCAGCCUGCAGCAGCAGGAGCAGCAGCAGCAGCUGCUGCAGCAUCCAGGGAGGCGCUCAGCCAGCAGGGAGAGCGCCGCAGCCCGUGCAGCCGCGGCGGCAAGCGGAAUUUUGGUCGGCUGCGAGGACGCCUUGGCUCGGGCAUAUGCAGGGUUCAGGUGCCGCCUGCUGAUGCCGGCCGCGGCAGUCGCAGCCAGCGCCACGGAAGUUGCGCUGCAGCCCUGCGCCUACUCGCGGGUCGCUGACCUGACUGCACAGCUGGCCGGGACCGCCGGCGCUGCAGGCGCGGGGGCGACGGCGGCGGCUGCCGCGCCGGCAUUCGGGGGGAUGGGGGCUGAUGACGGCAGGGCCGGCGCAGGUGCCAUGCUGGACCUGUAUCCCUCCCUGACAGCGUCCAAGGCGCUCGCUCGCAGCCUCGACGCAGUCAUGAGCGCCUUCCCGCCUGGCACUGCGGCGCCCCUCGCGCCGGUGGCGCUCGGCUGGGCCGACGUGGCGUGCCUGCUGCAGCCCAGCAGUGAGGUCGCCGCGCAGGUUAAAGCCCUGCUGCAGGCGCCAGCAGAGCGAGCAGGUGCUGCCGCGCCACCCCAGGCCGCAGGCACGGCAAGCUCCAGGCCCCUCUUUGCAAGCGAUGCCACCGGCGACGUGCUGCAGACAGAGUCUUGGCUGCCUGAGGUUCUGGCAGCUGCCAAGCAGCUGCACGCCGACGACGCGGCCGCAGCCGCCGCGGCGGCCCACGGCGGCGCCCUUGCCGGGCACACGCUGCCUCGCCAGCUGGGUGCGGCGCUGCUGCUCGCUGCGGCCACUGGCGCGGCCGCGGCAUCGCUCAACGUCGCACUGGGGCGGCAUGCAGCGGCAUGCAGGGACACGGCGGGCGCACAGGCUGAGGCGGACGCCGCCUUUGACGUGAUAGACCAGCGAGAAGCUGAGCUGCGCUCGUCAAUCGACGCCAAUGCCAACGGCGCCCAGCGCCGCGAGACGGCCAAAUGGGUCAAGGAGCUUGAAGAUAGGAAACACCGCGCGCUGGUGCGCGCGGCGGACGGCUUCCAGGCUCAAGAGGUCGAGGCGCUCAACAAGCAGAUCGCCGACGCCCGCGCCGCGCUGCAGCGCCUCGAUGAUGAUCUGGCCGAGCUGCGGAAACAGCUGGCAGCCCUGCAGGCCGACUGCGCGCGCGCACAGGAGCGUGCAGCCGGGGCGCGGCGAGAGAGGGCGGCGGCGGCGGCGGCGCGCGCCCGGCGCGCGCUGCAAGCCGCGGCCAGCAGUGCCUCAGAGCUGCUGGCCAGGGCAGCGGGCGCGGCAGGCUGCAAGCCUGAGAAAUCGGAGCGCGCGUCGCUGUCAUUGCAGCUGGAGCUCUUGCACCGCGUGGUGGCAGCCGCUCAGCAGCUUCCUGACUGGAGCCCGGCGAUGCAGCAACUGCUCGCGGCGCGCGACGCGGCGGCUGAUGCGGCCACCGAGCUGCGUGCGGCGGCAGACGGGCUGGAGGAGGGCGAUGUGUUUGGUGGCGCUGCCGCAUGGCUUGGGUCUCUGUUGCAGCUCAGCGCCACGGCGCUUUGCGGCUGCCUGCAGGUGUGGCCGCGCUACCAGGCCUUCCUGACGCGCGGCACGGCAGCCGCUGAGCUGGCAGCCCUGCAGCCGGACCUGCUGCGGCUGCAGUCAGAGGCGUCCACGCGCGCGGUUUCGCUUCAGCGCGCCGUUUUCGACGCGGCGCCGCCUGCGGACGUGCUGGCCGCCGCGCACGAGCUGCUGCUGCUGUGCGGCUGUGCCGAUGCUGACGAGGACGCGAGUCACGGCUGGGACGACGACAGCGGCCGUGGCGCAACCAGCCUGCUGUCAAAGCUGCUGGGGCGCCUAGACGGCAGCCCCGUGCUCGCGCCAGCACGGCGCGGCCUGGCCGCGGCGCAGACGCACCUGCUGCUGCAGGCGCUCGCCUGCCUGCGCCUCGCGCGCUGCCAGCAGCCCGACCAGGCGCUGGAGGCCCUGGCAGACCGCCUCAUGGGCUGGUGCACCGCCGCGGGCUGCGGCCCAGAGGCUCGCGCUCUUCCAGCCGACGCCGCAGCCCUGAGGGUGCGCGCGGGCGCUCUCGCGGCGCGGCUGCCGUUCGCGCUGCUCGCCGCCGGCGGGGCAGAGCUGCGGGCGUGCUACGGCCUGGCGUCCGGACCUGCGGAGCUCCUGGUGUCGGCCGAGCGGCGCAUCGGCGGCGGCGCAGUGGCGUACCUGCCGGCGUCGUUCGCCCUGCACCGCUUUGCAGACCGCCUGGCUGGGAUUGGAGACAGCCUGGGCCCCGCACGGGCGGCGGGACAGCUGCAGGCGGCAGACGUGCAGGCGGUGAUGCGGAUGACAGCGGCGGCGCUUGCCGUCUCGCGCCUGCCGGUGAUCGGCGGCAGCAGCAUCAGCAGUGGCGCCACCGGCAAUAGCUUUGAGGACUCCCCGGAUGUGCGUGAAGCGGCGCAGGCAGAGGCGGCCGGCGCAGUGGCAGCCGCUCUUGAUGCUUUCAAGGCAGCUACCCUCCACGCAGCCGACGUCCUGACGGAGCGCCGCCCCGGCAUGGCGCCGGCGGGCAGGCGUCUGCGGGAGUGCAGCGAGCGCCUGCAGAAGGAGGUGCUGCGCGCUGAGGUGGCUUCCAUCGAGGCCGCGUUCGCCGCGCACGUCUCCGCUGCGCCUGAGCAAAGGCAGCGCCAGCUGGCCGCCGCGCCGCUGUGGCGGGCGGCGGGCGGCGGCGAGCGCCUGGCGGUGGGCGGCAUGGAGCCGGCUUGGGAGGAGCUGCGGCUGGGAGAUGUGCAGCGUCUGCCUCAGCUGCUGCGGCUGCUGGAGCAGUCCGGACCCCCAGAGGCGGCCGGCGCGCUCGGCCUCGGCUCGCCGCUGGCCGUGGCCUGGUUUGCGCAGCACGAGGCGGAGCUGACGGCGCUCACGACGGCGAUGCACGUGGCGCCUGAGCAGCUCAUGACCCUUUUCGACUUCUGUCCCCAGGUGCUGCGUGUCAGCCGGCUGAUCGGCGAGCUGCACGCCAACGCGGCCCUCACACGGCGCCUGCUCGACGCGCCGCUUUCAGAGCUGCGGCGCGGCCGUGGCGGCGAUGCCAGCGGCGACUGCGGCGGGCUUGGCGCGCUGGACCGCCUGAUGCGCCUGGAGGGGUGGGCUUACGACGAGAUCGGCCGGGUCGUUUUUGAAGAGGCGCGCCAGCUGCUGGCCGCCGCCGACGGCGCUCCGCUGGCGGCGGCCGCGGCGCAGCUGGUGGCGCAGGGCGAGCUGUGGGACGAGGAGGGGAGUCACCUGGUGGAGGCGCGGCGGCUCGCGCGGCGAGGGCUGUUUCAAAAAGCGGUUGAUACGAUUACCCACUUUUUUGACCUUUUCACCAGCAAGAAGAAGGAGAUCGAGCAGCAGGAGGCUCAAUACAGGUCUCUCAAGGACGCCGCCAACGCCCAGCUGAAGCAGGCGCACGACAAGAGCCGCGAGCUGGCGGCCGCGCUGGAGGCGGAGGGGCGGCCGCCUUGGGGCUGCAUGCUGGAUGAGGUCAUGCUGGCCGCCGACACCCUCACUGGGAGCCAUGGCAACUUCCCAGCUGCCUGGGCAAUUCGCAACCAGUCCAAAGGCGCCGUGGCUGAGCUCCAGAUCAGCUCAGCAGAGCCACUCAUUUUCUCGAUGUCAGAGGCGGCCCGCCGCCAGCACGGCGGCUGUGCCGCGGUGCGGCUCAGCCUUGAGCACGCGUACUUUGUCAAAGGUGGUGGACAGGGUGCCAUGCUCGAUCUGCAGCCUGGCGUGCCGCUGCAGCCGGUCAGCAUCGUGAUCAACGACCCGGACAAGGCGGCGAUACACUUCAGCUUCUUGGCGCAGCGCUCUAGCGAGGCCAGUGGAAGUAAAGAGCUGGCGGCGCAGCAGCCGAUCGGCGGCGGCGUUCUGCGUUGCGACGCCGCCCCGAUCGCAUCUCUUUGCUGGGAAAGCAGAAGGAGCCGCAAGAUCUAUCUCGGUGCCGGUCCCGGGCAGGAUCCGGAUGCCCGGACGUCUAUGCUGCUGUUCUACGCCGUACGGGUGGCGUACAAGCCACGCCCCAACGCCUGGGACCAGCGCACGCCGCAAAGCGCAUCCGCACCCGGCAGCGACGCCGGCGGCGCGCGCAGCGGCGGCGGCACAGGCAUCAGUGGCAGCGGCGGCGCCGGCGCGGUGCUGGAGCUGCAAAGUCAGAUCGGAACGGCGCUCACCCGUCUGUAUGACUUUGACACACAGCUCCGCCGCCUCAAGCCUGGCAGCCUUGGCCCCCGGCCUCAAGAUCCAGCAAGCCUGACGGACGACAGCGGCGACAGGAGCAGCCGCGAAGGCUCAGAGCUGCGCAACAGCGCACACCGGCAGGCGAUGAGUGCGGCUGCGGCACUCGCAAGCCGGGCAGCUACCGCCGCCGCCGCGCAGCACGCGGCGCUCGCUGGGAGCAGCGGUGGUGGCGACGACAGCAGCCAGGACGGCACCGACGGCAUGAGGGCGGCGGCGCGGGCGGCCGGCGAGCUGCUGGCCUGCAGGCAGUGGGCCGACGCAUCUGUGGAGGCGCGGCAGCUGCUCAAAGGCAUGCGGGACCUGCCGCUGUUGAAACUGACCUUGGCUGACAAGGACAGUGUUGACAAAGACAGCGCCAUCACAGCGUUGGCCACAAGCGGCAUGGACGGCGCAGCUCAGGCCGCCGGCGGCGCAGCGCGGCGCCUCCGCGACGCGCUCGACGCGCAGCUGCUUGCCAGCUUCCGCGCGCUGGCCAUGAUGAUGGCGGUGCAGGCGGCGGGCGUCAGCAGCAUGCGUGAGCUGGAGGAGGUGCAGCGGCGGGUGGAGGGCGGCAAGGGGGCGCUGAAGACCAUGGCGCAGGCGAUGAGGGUCAGCAGCAGCGCCAACGCGAUGGCGGUCGGGCAGGCCGAGUUCCUUGAUAUCGCAAUCCGCAGCCUCCUGUCCCGCCGCCGCCGCAUGCUCGAGAUGCUCCACGAGGCCCAGCGCCUGCUCCGCGCCGCCCCGCAGCCGCCCCCCGGCGGCGACCCCGCGGCCGCGGCCGCGCUCGCCGCGGCAAUGGCGGCGGCCGCCAGCCGGCCGCGCGACGGCGCGGUCACGUUCUACGAGGGCGCGGAGCCGGGGGUCGUGUUUGCCAGCGCGCCCGCCGUUGCGCUCGCCUUCGACCCUGUCCUGGCAGGUGGCGCCGGCGGCGCCGCCAGGGCGGUGCAGCUGCACAUUGACAACAAGACGCGCGCUCCGCUCAGCAUACACCUGGAUGAUGAUGCGUCCGCUGCCGCAGCUGCCGUCCCAGCAGCGGCGGCAGCAGGAGCAGCGCCUGCGCUGGCGGAGGGCGGCGCCGCCGCGCCGCCGAUCGUGGCGCCGCGCCGGCAGCUGUUGGUGGCACCCGGCCGCGUGGCGGCCAUUGAGUUCGAGCUUCGCACGGGCGGCGCCGGCCUCGCGCCCGGCGAGCACGCGGCGCGCUUCAUUCUCACUGCAGGCGGCGGCCGGUCGAGCAGCGGCGGCAGUGGCGGCGCGGCGGUGGCGGUGCGGGUGACUGCGGAGGCCCAGGCUCUGGACAUCAGCCUGGACCCAUCGCCGGGUGCGGGCAUCGACUUUGGGGAGGUGCCCACUUACAAGCAGCGCGCCACCGCCGUCGUACGCAUCACCAACAAUACCGGCGUGCGGCUGCCCAUGCGGGCUGCGGUGGCCGCAGCCGCCGCGGGCACCGCCGCGCCGGGCGGUGCAGCAGUCAGCGUGCGGCCCGAGGCGCGCGUGCUGGCGCCGUUUGAGCGCGACGCGCCGCUCGAGGUGGCGCUGCAGCCGGGACCCCGAGACGAGCUGGUGCAGGGCGCGCUGACUGUGGCAGUCGGCGGCGCCAGCAACCGCUGGGAGCUGCCGCUGAGCGCGCAGGUCCUGCGGCCGGCGUACUGCCUCGAGCUGCUCGGGCCACAGGGCGAGGCGAUGCGACAGGUGUCUAGCGGCGAGGCGCUGCCGAGGGUCGAGCUGCAGCCCGGGCAGUUCAAGGUGGUCAGCUUGCGGCUGCGCAACACAGGGCGCGUGCCAGUGCGCUACUCCCUGUCGCGCCAGCCGCCUGCGGCCAGCUACGCAUGGCGUGCCGCUGCAGCCACCCCGCCCCCGCCCCUGGCCGACGCGGUGCCCGCCGGCGCCUGCGGCGCCCUCGAGCUACGCAUUGGCGCCGAGGACGCCGGCCUCUCCCGCUGCCUGCUCGCCGUGGAGGGCGGCGACAGCCUGCCCUUCCUCCUCGACGUGCUCUGCGGGGCGCCCGUGUGGAGGGCCGAGGCUGUGCGCUUCCAUGUUGACAUGACCAAGCCAGAGACCUUCCUGGAGCGCCACUUCUACGCCUCUGGCGUGUUCUCAGGCGCCGUCGCGGAGCUGCGUGUCAGCAACCCGGGCAGCCUGCCCCUCGAGCUGCAGCUGGCCCCACCGGAGCAGCAGGACAGCGGCCGCCGUUUCAGCAUGGCAGCCCCGGGGCCCGCGCCAGUGGCAGGCGGCCCCCCUGCCGCGGCGUUCGGAGCAGCGACAGAUCGGGGGACGGCGUACAAAGGAGAGAUCCCCCUCGUGUCACCGGAGGCCGGCGCAUCGCAGCCGGCCUCCGUGCGUGUGACGGUCCCUGCGGGUGACACUGCCACGCUUAUGCUGCGGCACGUGCCAGCCGAGCUGACGCCGGGCGAGAUCAAGUCCUUUGGCUGCUGGCUGAGCACCAACAUUGCGGCGCAGCAGCUGGUGCGCGCGACGUGCGAGCUGCGUUGCAGCGGGCCGCAGCUGCGGGUCAAGGCAGCAGCGCUGAAGCUGCCGCCCGUGGCGCCGGGCGCCGACAGGCGGCGCCUGGAGGGCGCGCCACUGGUGCUGCAGAACAGGGGCGGCACGGCCGCGCGCGUCACCGUUGCGCAUGACGCCACGUUUGGGCCUGUCGGAGAGGUGCAGCUGCAGCUGCUGCGCCGGCUCGAAGGGACGCCCGUCGGCGGCGGCGAGCUGCAGCAGCUGGUCGUGCCGCCUCAUGGGGAGCUGGCGCUGCUGGCUGCGGUGACGGCGGGCCCACUGGCCGCGGCGGCCACAUACACGGGCGCGGUGCAGCUCAUUUGCAGCAACCAGCUCGACACUCUCGGCCAGCCGGUGGCGCUGGAGGUGCCGCUGACUCUGCAGGUCAGCCUGAAGAGCGAGCAGAAACAGAAGCAGGGGCAGGGGCAGAAGGGCAACGUGCAGCCAGGGCAGCAUACAAGCAGCCACCAGCAGCUGCCAGCGCGCUUCGACCCGCGCGCCAUGGGGCGCGUCCAGACGCGGCUGCUGCAGGCUGCGGCGGCAGCGCCGGAGGGCGGGGACGCCAUGCGUGCCGCACUCCCCCUGGCCGCAAUCGCAGCAGCUGCGGCGGUCUGCCGCGGCGGCGACGCAACGGCAGAGCAGUUGGAUGCCAUCGCACGGCAGCCAACAAGCAAACAGCAACUGGCAGCGGCGCUUGCACUGGCCGCUGGCUCAGACGCCACCAGCGCGGCCCAGAUCGCCAAGAAAGGCGAGGCGCCGCAUCGGCCAGAGCUGCAAUCGGCCAUGCAGGAGCUGCAGCCGCCCGCAGCGGGCGCCGCCGCGGCUGCGGCCGGGCCUGAGGAUGUCGGCGAUACCGAGCUGGUGGCGAGCCUGGCGACGGGCCUGGUCAAGCCAGACGCGGCACAGCCUGUUUUCGCUGCGCUUGCCAGAGGGGCGCGCAGCAGCGGCGGCAUCAACGAGGAUCUGAUUGCGGCGGCGGUGGAGGUGCAGGAGGCGUUGGGGCCGGAUCAAGCGGCGGCAUUCAUGGCGCUCAUCAAGCGCAUCACGGGUGCAGGCGGCGGCGACGCUCGUGGCGAUGGGGCAGCCGCCCAAGAGAAGGGCGACGCCGCGCGGCUGCUUUCGGCGUCGCGCGGCGCGGGCGGCGCGGCGCCGCGCCUGGCUGAGCUGGCCGAUCUGCUGGGAGCGAUCGAGUGGCGGGAUGCUGCGGGCUGGGCGGGGGCGCUCAACCUCAUGGCCUGCGCCAGCGGCCCGGCGGCCGCCUCGCAUGCCAGGUGGGAUGCUGCGCUGCAGCUGCUCAUCGGCGACUCAGCACUCGAGAAGCUGCGCCGGCUGGCAGGUGUGGCAAGCUACGAUGGCGGCGGCCGCGGCGGUGAAGAUGGCGGAGGUGGCGGCUUCGUCGGCGCUGCGGCAGGCGUGGCAGCAGGGGAUGCAGAGGUACUGGGUGAAGCUGGUGAUGGCACAGGCCUGACUGGCCCGCUGGCCGUCCCCCUCGCGGCCGCACAGCCCACAAAGCUGCUGAAGCGAGCCGUCAACAGCCUGUCAGCAGUGGAAGACGCCGCGGCGCGCGGCGACGAGGCCGCGGCCGUGCUUGGUGCGGUCCGGGUGCUGCGGGUGCUGGGCCUGCCGACCCCCGUUUUUUCAACUCUCAAAGCCGUGGUGGUUGCCAGCGACGCGGCGGCGCGCCUUGAGGCGGCGGUCGGCCUUGCAAGCGCCGUGCUGCGCAGCUCAACACUCAACCCGGACGACAGCAGCGCCCUCACGCCGCAGCUGAAGCUGCUGCGACUGGCGGCGCUCGCCAAGUCCCCGGCGUUCAAGGCGUGGCACGCCCCAGGCGCGGGCGCGGACGCAGGCGUGGCCAAUGAGGAGGCGCUGCGCGUAGAGAUGCGCCUGCGGUUGGGCGCCGCGGCGGUCACCGACGCGUCUGUCCGGGCAGCGGCGCGGCUCUUCAGCUGCGCCCAUGCGGUUGGAAAUGGCAGGGACGACGUAGAACUCUGCAGGCUGGCCGCCCAGGCGGUGGCGGCGCAGCUGCAGCUGCCGGAGGCCCGGUCCUCGGCGCUUCGCGACCAGAUCGGCGUGCUGCUGCAGGCGCUGGCGGCGGCGCAGGGUGCGACCGGGGCUGGGCGUGUUGUCUGGGACGAGGCGGCGCGCGCGGCGGCGCGGCUGAUGGGGCUGGAUGGCGCGCAGCAGGCCGUCGUGGCCGCCGGCCGCGACUACCUUACAUCACCCUGCCAGGACACGGCAAUCGAGGCCGUCGCAGCCAUGGCAGCAGCACUUGGCAGCGAUGACGCCGCGGCGCGCCUGCGCGCGCUGCCUGUCGCCCUCGGCCGCGCUCGCAAGCUGCAGCAAAGCGGGGCGGCAGACGCGCCGCUGGUGAGCGCAGCGAUGGAGCUGCUGCCACUUGUCAUCGAUGAGCGCAGCGCGGCCGCAGCGCAGGGAAGCCUGGCGCGCCUGCUGGAGCUCGCAGCAGAGGAGGCCGCCACAGUAAGCGCCUCGAGCGCGCUGAAGCGGCUGCGGGGUGGCAUGUCUUCGACCAGCGUGCCUGGGGGCGUGCUGACGGCGCUCCAGGCGGCGGAGGAGGUUGGCAGAUUGCUGGAGGCCGUUAGCGGCGGCCUGGCGGCAGCGUCGGAUUGUGCGGACGCAGCAAAGCGCCUUGGCGAGCUGGCGGCGCUUGAGGCGCUGCUGGCCAAGCACGGGUCCAGCAGCAGCGGCGGCACAGACCGCGCCUCUGCAGCCCUGCUCGCCGCAGAAACGCGGUUUGCCGCGGCGUUGCACCUGAUGCCUGUGCCAGCCUGCGUGCAGCACAUGGCACCGCUCGUGCACGUUGAGGUGCUGGCCAGCAGCAUCCGGCUCGCCUGCACGGCGGCGUCAGUGGCGGCAGCAGAAGCGGGGAGCCUGCACAACUCUCCUGCCGCAGCUGCCGCCACGCCUGUGGGCGCCGGCGGCCAAAGCGCUGCAGAGUUGGCGGGAACGGCGGUGGCAGCAGCACUAGUCUGUCACCUCAGGGCAGCAGUGCUGCUGUGGGGCUGA